AUGCAGCUGUGGCCUGAGCUCGAGAGAAAGAUCCCGACCUAUUUUGAGGGCUGCAAAAAGAUUGUACCGAGCAUUUUGCAUGGUGACCUAUGGUCUGGGAACUAUUCAUAUUGUCCGGAUGGACCAGGUUGA